GCAGGAGGGGCCCGUCCCUUUUCCUGUGGUCGGCGGGGUCUUUCUCUUUCUUUGGCCGAGGAGGAGAAGCCGGAGGAAGAGCAGCGGGCGCGUGAGGGGGAGAGAGAGGGAGAGGGAGAGAGCGCCGUUUGGCCGUUGACAUCCGGUUGCCCCCACAUCCGGUUGCCCGCUCGCCUCAGGCAGGCCAUGGCAGCCGGCGAAGGGGCCGAGGAAGAGGUGCGGGUGCUGCAGACGCUCCGCGGGAAGAUCUGUCAAGCCAAAAACUUAGUGCCAUACUCAGGACCAAACAAAAUGAGAGAUUGCUUUUGCACAAUCAAUUUGGAUCAAGAAGAGGUUUAUCGCACUCAGGUAGUGGAGAAGUCAUUAAGCCCUUUCUUUGGAGAAGAAUUUUACUUUGAAAUACCAAGGAUAUUCCAAUGCUUAUCAUUUUAUGUUUAUGACAAAAAUGUUCUACAGAGAGAUCUGCGUAUAGGUAAAGUGGCUAUAAAAAAGGAAGACUUAAGCUUAUACUCUGGCAAAGAAAACUGGUUUAUGCUUCAGCCUGUUGAUUCUAAUUCAGAAGUUCAGGGGAAAGUUCAUCUUGAAUUAAAACUGAAUGAACUAAUUACAGAUAAUGGAUCAGUAUGCCAGCAGCUAGUAGUACAAUUGAAGGAAUGUCAUGGUCUACCUCUUAUCAAUGGACAAAAUUGUGACCCAUAUGCUACUGUAUCUGUUGUGGGUCCCUCAAGGAAUGAUCAAAAGAAGACAAAAGUAAAGAAGAAAACAAGCAAUCCACAAUUUAAUGAAACAUUUUAUUUCGAGGUAACCAGAUCCAGUAGUUACACCAAAAAGUCACAGUUUCAGGUAGAAGAAGAAGACAUUGAAAAGUUGGAAGUCAGAGUUGACUUAUGGAACAAUGGUAAUUUGGUGCAGGAUCUCUUCUUAGGAGAAAUUAGGAUUCCUGUCAAGGUAUUAGGAAGUGAUUCCUUCCAAGCAUGGUACCUUCUUCAACCAAGGGAGAAUGGGAAUAAAUCUACUAAAAUUGAUGAUCAUGGAUCACUCAGACUAAACAUAUGUUAUGCUGAAGAUCAUGUCCUUCCAUCAGAGUACUAUGUUUCCCUCAGAGACUUGCUGCUAAAGUCAUCAGAUGUGGAGCCCAUUUCUGCCUCUACUGCUUACAUCUUGGCUGAAGUGUGUCGUGAUAAAUAUGAUGCCAUUUUGCCUCUUGUGAGAGUGUUACUACAUCAUCAUACACUAGUACAAUUUGUCACUGCAGUGGCAGAAUUAGAAUUGAAGGAUACUCAAGAGGCAAAUACAAUCUUCCGAGGAAACUCCUUAACUACUCGAUGCCUCGAUGAGAUGAUGAAAAUUGUUGGAAAGCACUACUUGAAAGUUACUUUAAAACCAAUUCUAGAUGAGAUAUGUGAAAAUCCUAAACCUUGUGAAAUUGAUCCUUUGAAACUGAGAGAAGGAGAUAAUGUAGAAGUACACAAGGAAAACCUGCGCUGCUAUGUUGACAAAGUAUUCAAGACUGUUGUACAAUCAAGUAUAAGUUGCCCUACAUUGAUGUGUGAUGUGUUUUGUUCCCUGAGGCGCUUGGCUGCUGAAAGAUUCCCUAAUGACCCUCAUGUACAGUAUUCUGCAGUGAGCAGCUUUGUGUUUCUUCGUUUCUUUGCUGUAGCUGUAGUAUCGCCUCAUACUUUCCAUUUACGACCCCACCAUCCAGAUGCACAGACAUCAAGAACAUUAACACUUAUAUCAAAAGCCAUCCAGACACUGGGGAGCUGGGGAAGUUUGUCCAAAAGCAAACUAUCAAGCUUCAAGGAGACAUUUAUGUGUGAAUUUUUCAAAAUGUUUCAGGAAGAGGAAUAUGUUGAAGCUGUCAAAAAGUUUUUAGACGAAGUGUCAUCUAGUGAAAGUAAAGAGCCAAAUAUCAUGAGUGAGCCAGUACAUCUGAAAGAAGGGGAAAUGUAUAAAAGAGCACAAGGAAGAACUCGAAUUGGGAAAAAGAAUUUCAAGAAGCGUUGGUUCUGCCUUACAAGUAGAGAAUUGACUUAUCAUAAGCAGCAAGAUAAAGAAGCCAUUUAUGCAAUUCCAGUCAAAAACAUUCUUGCAGUGGAAAAACUUGAAGAGAGUGCUUUUAAUAAGAAAAAUAUGUUUCAAGUUAUACAUGUUGAAAAGCCACUCUAUGUGCAGGCAAAUAAUUGUGUGGAGGCUAGUGAGUGGAUUGAAGCUCUCUGCAGAGUGAGCAGGUGCAACCAAAAGAGACUGAAUGUUUAUCAUCCGUCUGCUUUUCUGAACGGGAACUGGCUUUGCUGUAAGGCCACAUCAGAGCAUUCUGUGGGUUGUACACCUUGUACAGCAGGUGUACCUGCUGAAAUUCAACUAGAAAUUGAUGGAGACCGAGAAACAGAGAGAAUCUACUCCCUUUUUGCUAUAAAUAUGACAAAGCUGCAGAAGAUGGAAGAGGUGUGUGGAAGUAUAGCAGUCUAUCAAGGGCCACGGAAGGAACCAGAUGACUACUCUAACUUCAAAAUUGAAGACUCCGUAGCAACUUUUCAAACUCUUCAGCAAAUAAUAUCUGUUGUUGAAGGACUGAAUGAACAUCAUGACAGAUAUCGGAAGAAAAGGUCAUGUAGUGCUAAAUAUGGUAGCGAAGAAAAUCCAAUUGUGGGGAAAAUUUCCUAAUCUGCGACAGAGAUGGAUUUCGAAGGAACUGAAACAGUUUUGUUUGGUUCUGUGCCGAUUCAGAAUAUUCAAAAAUGUGCCCAACAUGAACAUUAAUUCUAUUUAAUAUUUAAAAGGGGGAAAGACCUGCUGGGGAACCUGAUUUUGAAUUUUUUAAAACUUUAUUUUAUUAUUUUGUGCAACUGGAGGAAUCAUUUCUAUAUUGCUUAGAGAACUUUGAAAGUUCCAGAAGAUGCAAGAGAGCAAAGCUUCUAGAACCAGAAGGAACAUCAAGGAAUAAGCUUUCCAAGGGAGGAAUAUAUCUACCACUGCAAAAGGGAUUUUUAUGUCUGCCAAGAUAAUCAUCAUUUUUGUAUAUCAAUCACCAGUACUUGUUUUGUGGACAGUGAUUUUUGGCAAAAGAAAUCUCAACAGGUGGCAGAGAGAUUUGAAGCUUUACAUUCAUUGCACAGCCACUUUUAUUAUUGUCCUUUCUUAAUAUAGAAUAGCUUUUUUUAAAAGAGAAGUGGAGGUACUUUUUAAAUAUUCAUUGUUGAUUAGUGAUAACAUUAUUUAAGUGAUGUUACUGAAGCAGGACAAAUCAGGGAGUCUAUUCAUCUUGUUUACAUUUGGAGUGAGUAGUGAAAGGAGUGACAUGGGACCACUGCCUGUUAUUUGUCUUCUUAAACAGCCUAUUAUUAAUAAUGUCCUGUUCCAGAAGUACAAAUAUUUCAUGCAGUUAGGGAAAUAUUUGGUUGAUACCUACCAACAACAAAAAAUACAAUCCAACCAAUAGGAAUUAUACACUGGAUGUCAUAUCCAAUUAUAAUAAGUUUUUAGUUAUCACUCCAAGCACUUUAGAUAUCUGGAUAGUCCCAGAUUAUAAUUCCAGAUACUUUGUAGUAUCUAAACAUUAUGAUCAGUUGAAUGAUCACUAUUGUGGCUUAAGACAAUGCUUUUGUGAACAUUUUUAUAUCUAAUUUUUUACUUGCCAGAUGAUGUUUUGGAGUUAGCCUUGCCUUUAGAAACUCUUUAUCUUGCCUUUUUGACAUAUUUGUAAUGAUGAUGGACUCAUAAGUAUCUGUAUGUAAUGAACGGAAACAACUUAUCACUUGGGAGAAGAAAGGGAUAAGCUUCCUUUGAUCAGUAUUAUUGGAUGUGGUACUAAAAAUACCUCAUCUUGGGAGCAGUUUGGUGAGCACUAUCAAAAUGGAUAUAUUUCAUCAUUCCUUUUGUUUAGUUUUUAAGAAUUCUGUUUUUAUUACUUGCCACGAUUGUAGAUAAAUGUAUUCAUUGUUCAGUAGAAAUUUGAAAUGAAAUUUAGAAGCUACUAUCUGCUUGAAUUACUACAUUAACUGCUAAUAGUAUGGCAUAGGCUAAGAAAAAGCAAGAAAGUCUUCUUAUCCCAUGUUUUCUGUACCACCAUAAAAAAGAAUGCAACCAGCUGGAACAGCUACUAACCAUGCUUUUGAUACUUCCAUGGGUUUUGAAUUUAGUUUGCUACAAGGCAUGCUGAAAGAAGAGAUAUUAGCCAAGAAGCGUAUUCCUUUUGGAUGUAUGGCCUUAGCUGUGCAGUUUUAUGAUUCAUUGGUUUUGAGCAGUGUGGAUAGAAGCACGAACUGAUUAGUUACAGAAUGAAUAGCACGGGCUGUAUAAUAACAUUUGAGAUAUAAACAAGUUGAAGAAACUGCAACUGAAUUAUAAUUCAUAAACUCUAUUACUUUUAUCCGACUUUAUUUCCAAGAUUUUUAAAAAUAUGCUUAACACGGCACAUUCUGUACUCGAGUCCCUAAAUUUACCCUUGAUGUGUUCGUAAAUAGUAGUGGAGGCUGAACCAGCCUGAGAACUGCCAUAAUAAAUUGCUUUCCAUUUAUAGAGAGAACGGGAAGAAAGGGCAGAGAAAUACAGUCCCUGAUCUUCCCUGGUCAGUGUGAGCUGGCUAGUUAGUGUGAUCUUCCCUGGUUAGUGUGAGCUUCAAAGAUAUGCGGAUUUUUUUACCAUUUUCCCCCCAAACAUAUUCAAUUUGCUUCGUCCAAAUAUAGCAUUAAAAUGGUACUUGCCGAUUUCUUAUGUUGUCUUAGGGAAAUCUUGCAUUUCAGUAACAAAGAUAAAAGAAAAAUGGUUCCCAAAUAUUUCUAUUACAAUCUGUAAUUCAAAAGUCUGCACCAUUUUCAUGAAGUAGCAUAUUGUUGCCUUGUUUGUGACAUGAUAAUGCCGAAUGACAUUUGCACAUGACUGGAAAAUGCCAUAUUUUCUGUUUUGCUUCAUCGUUUUUAUAGCCUUGCCCUCAUUAUUAUUACUCAUAUUAAUUGCAUAUAAAUUAAACUUUAAAAUCCAAAUUAGCAAAAUGUCUCUACAUGUGGAGGCUAACCAUCCAAUUUGAAAUCAUGGAAGAUGGGGAUUGUAAAACAUGUAGGGAGCAUCCUUGGAAAGAAAAGUUUCCCUAGUGCAGAAAUGACGGCUAAAUUUCUGCCAGUGUGUCUACCAUUAAAGACACACUUAGUUCCUUAGUACAUACUUGCUUCUCCUCUUCAUAAAGUUGCCCGCUAAAUAAUUUCAUAACUGUUUCUUAGACUGGUGAAAAUAUACUUACAUAGACAAGCAUUGUGGGUGUACAUGUUGAGAUGUGCUAGACCUUGUGGAAAAUAACGAAGGAGUAUAAUUUUUGGGUUUCUGACUGCAUUAAUUGCUGAAUGACUUGUGGAGAUAUGACUUCAUUCAGUAGAGUUGCACAUAAUUGCAUCCCCUUGACAGGUUUAUCUAUAUCUAUUUUUGCAUGCCAUUCCUCCCUCUUCUGUGUGGAAGACUUUGUUUUGGUUACAAGCUUACCUUAAAAAUUUAGUUCACCGUUUACUGGAUACACUUGGGUAUCAUCUUAGGUUUUCAAUACACAGAUACACAACACUGUCAACACCUUCAAUUAUGGUUUGCUUUGCAUAAUUAUUGCAUAUUUCUUUUUGUUUUAGCAUUUGACGAUUUACAGAAAUAUGUUCUUUUUAAAAAUGCUACAGGAUAUUUUCUGUAUACAUUGUAGCUGUACCAGUGGCAGUGUGUCAUGCUUAUUAUUGAGGGACAACAUUUUUCAAACAAUAGUGUUAAAGGUUAUACAUUUAUAUUAUAUUAAUUGGUUCAGCCACUGCAUCACCAUCAUGAAGUAAUACAUUCCUACCCUAUUCAUUCAAAACAAUGAUGGUGUUUAGAACCCUCCACAACUUCAUGUCUAGGAAUGAGUUCAUUCUAGAGUUUGAAUGUCCUUUUUGCUCUCUCAUUGACAAUAUGUGAAUUGCAGCAUGCCUUACACUGUUUGCAUAGUGAGGUUUGGAUUCAUCUCCCGAUUCAUUCAUCGUUUACCUGCAUACUGCCCCACUGAUGUUUUACAAGAUCUCUACACAAGAAAGACACAUUGACUUUCUGUUGUGAGUGGGAACUCUGCAUGUUAUAGAUGUAUGUGACAUCCAGGAGAAGCAGUAUACUGAGCUGGGAGAAAGGGGUCAUAAGAACCAUAUCCAUUCGGAGGUACAGUAAUCUUAGAUUCCUCAUUUAGCUUAUGAAAUAUCAGUGUUCUACAAAUAUUAAAUAGGCUUGUUUGGCAGAGAAACAAAUGUUUCAAAAUAUUAAGUAAUUCUUUUAAUAUUUGAUGGGUAUUUAAUAAAGUUAAUUACCCAUCAAAUUUGACCAUUCUUGAAAACUAUUAUUAUGAGAAGUAAUGCACUUUGAGAAGUUACGGUACCAUAUUGUGUAGAUUGAUAGCUAGGAGCAGGAGGGGAAAUUCAAAUUCCAUCACUUCAGUAUCAAUACUGUUUGGUUAAUUGCCAUGUGCCAGGGAUAUUUCUAGCUUUACCUGUUCAAUUGUUUUUGGCAAUAAUAUAGUUCAAAUGGAGUAGUAUGCAUAAUAGUAUGCCAUCGAUAGUACAGUAUGUCCAAUGUUCAAAAGACGUUUUAUAUAACUUUGAAAUAAAGUUUUCCUGACAAUUAGGUUUGGUUGAAAUAAUACAUUUUACAGUGUAUUUUUAUUUGUUAGGGUGAUGCAUUGAAUGUAUUUUAUUUAAAGUUUAUUUUAUUAAAAAGUAUUAAAGUUCA